AAUAACCUUAAAUUGUCUUUAAACAUCAGUUUUAUUAUAGUUGUAGUCAAUUAUAUCCACCCGUUUCCAAGUUUAGGCGGAACAAACAGAUAUACAACAAAUUUAUAAAUUUACUUUAAUUCUAUUUAUACGUAUGAACAGUAGAAAGUGGUGACCGUGUCGCUUUUUAUAAAUAGUAUAGCGUUGUUUUGAUUAAAAAGAUAUCUAUAUAUUGAUUUAUUUUCAAAUCAAACGUUAAAUACAAAUGCCUUAUGUCAGACCGUAAAAUGUGUGACAAUGCCAUUGAACAGCAAGUAUUUUAUGAUUUUUAUUUAUAACCUCACAUUGUUUACAAGACAAGGUUAGUUUUUCUAAGAAAUAGCUGGCAAUUUGCGGUGCAUACGGCGAUUUAACUCAACAAAUGAAGAAGCCAUGCCAUAAUUGAAUUGUAACGACUCUGUGUUGUGUUUUAUUUAUCAUAGAACGUCUAGACUCGUAAGUGUUUCACGGUUUCGUGUGUACGUAAUGUGAAUGUUGUAGCUUUACUUGUACAUAUCGUCACUUGAGCUGCAAACAAGAUCAAAUUAUACACACUAUUAUAAACCGUAUCUCAGGUAUACGCUUCCCCGAGCCGACGUAAAAUGGACACGAAGGGGGAAGGCGAAGAGAUGACUUACCCUCACAUCUGCUUCAUGGUGGACAACUUCGAUGAAGUGUUCUGCGACAUCGUUGUCCGAGAUGGUGAGAUGGUAUGCGUGGAGCUGGUGGCUCGAGGACGGGGGGGAGCCGCUCAGGCAGUCAUCUUCCUUGGAUCGAUAAGAUACGACGCUCUCACCAGGGUCUACGAUGCCCGGCAGUCUUCGUUGUCUACGAAGGUUGCUCAGCGAAUGUCUUUCGGUUUGCUGGGACGGGGAGCCGGCGCCGCGGCCAGGUGCGAGUUCGUGCGUAUGAAAGGACCAGGGGGGAAGGGACACGCUGAGGUGGCUGUAUCUCGAGCUCGUUCAUCAGGAGUACACACUCCGUGCUCAGAGCCAGGGUUAGGUCCGGAGCUGUGGGACAGUGACUUCGAAGACGACCCCGACGAGUUGUUCCUAUACAGGCAUCAGCGUCGCCUGAGCGACCCCAGCGCCAACCUGAAUCACUUCGUGCGUGGCGGAUGGCGUGCGAGGGAUAAAGACGACACGAGCCGAUCUGAGAACGAGGGUCUGGAUGCUCUGGCUGACGGACUCGCUGAGGUGGAAGCCGGGGACUUGAGAGACGGGCGCUCGGGUCGCGGGCGGCGGGCUUCCUCGGUGCGGUGGAGGACGUGCUGCGCGGGCGCCGGCGGGGGAGGAGGGGGCGGCUCACGGCGGGAGGGAGACAUGAGGGACGUGUACCGUCGAGCCCCGCCGGACCUGUCCCCCGGGUGUCUGCACACCGUGUCCCCUCGCCGCAGGCCCGUCAGACCCGCGCCUCAGCCGCCGCCGCUGAGGCCGCUACCGUCUCGCGUCUCGCGACCUGCUCCCCCCGACACAGAGUGCGAGCUGGCCUGCGACGCCAGCUGCCUGGAUGGACGAUCGUCGCCCGCACCAGCUCCCGCCGCCGCGCGCCGUCCGCCCGCCUGCAUGGCGCCUCUAACGGUUCGUGGAGAAGAAGAGCUGCCGAGCCAAGCCCAGGGAGAGGGCGAGGGCCGCGCGGACGGGGAGCGGUCGGGUGGCGCGUGGAGUGCGGGGGCGCGGGCCUACGUGACGCUGCCCCGGCGUCGCGGCGUGGCGGCUGUGCUCUUCCGAAACGCGCCACUACCUCCUCGACGGACCACGCCCGACGGAACAGAUAUCUACUACUGGUGUGACGUGCCACGACGCAAGCUCACCGAGUUGGACGACGGAGCUUACAACCCUUUAUGGGCGAUGCGCGGCUUCACACAGACCUUCCAUCUGUGGAAGGAGGGCCGGAGACAGCAGUCCGCGCCGCUCUGCGCGUUCCUUACAUACGUCACACUGCCCUGGUGGAGUAUAGCCAAAGAUAUUCUGGACCACCGCGAGGAACCCAUCCUGACCUUCUGAGACAGCGUCCCGUGGAAAACAACUACUCAUAGAAUUUUGUUUCGAGUAAUUUUAUUAUAAACUAAAUAACCGGAAAUUCUCGAAUAUAAAGAAUGAUUAAUCUACAGAUGUGUUAUGUGAUUACUAUUCUUUUAUUAUUCAAUUUAAAUUGCUUCCCGUGCGUUGGAAUAUUUAAUGUUUUUUUUUUUAUAACGUAUAAUUUCAUUAAAAUAGAGGAUAGAAUGUUAUAAAGGCUAAUGAAAUCAACCGUUAUGUAACCUCGUAGUAUAAAAAGAUAGAGGGUAUUAUUAAAAAAUACAAUAACGCAAUUCUAUUUUUUUGUUAUAAUAUAUUACAUACAGGAAAUAUUCAUAUUAAUUGAUUCAGUUAAUACAACAGCGCCCCUAGUGAGCAAAUGCGCAAACUUACGUUUGAACCUCGAUAAGAUAUGACGGACUGUGAUGGCGCUAGUCUUCGAGAUAUUUCCCCCAUUUUGAUAAUGAAGUGUCAAAAUAGGAACUAGAAAUAAGUUUAAAAAUAUGUAUCAAGGUGAAAGGUCAAAGGUGAUUAAUGUGAAUUAUUCUCAAAAUCAAAUGUCUGAAAACGGAUUCCGGUUAUUAGGAGUGAAUGUAUAAAUGGAUAUUAUAUACAUCAAAUAGAUUAUGGCAGUAAAUAACCACAAUUAUGAGUCUUCCGGAUACAGAUAAAUAAUAAUUCAUUAUACAUGGCAUUGAUGUUAUUAUAUUGUGCUAUUGUCUGCGAACAUUGAGGAGACUGUGUAAUGAGUUACUCCGUUAAUUUAAUUUCAGACUAAUUGUUUAUUCUUUAUGUAAUCUAGAAAUGAGUGAAUUGAUAAUGCUGUGGUCCUAUUGAAGGUUCAAAGUAAUUUAGUCAUGAUUUUUAUAUUGUGUAAAAACGAAACAUAAUCAUCAUUUUACUGUGUCGGUAUAUGUGUAUGUAAAAUUAUAAAAAAGCAAAUUUCAUUAGGCACGUAAUUAAAUAAUUGAUUAUACGUUAUAUUUAUAAUCACAAGAAGUGCGAGAACGUAUUUUGUGUAAAGGAACGCUUGGAAAGGUUAUAACUAUAUAUAGAUUUGACAUAUUCUUUUGAAUUUGAUACUUUACAUUCCUAUAUAUACAUAUAUAUAUAUAUAUACAUAUAUAUAUAUACAUAUAUAUAUAUAUAUAUAUAUAUAUAUAUAUAUAUAUAUACAUAUAUAUAUAUAUAUAUAUAUGUAUAUUUUUUUAUAAAUCAAGUUACUAUUAUGCAAAGAGUACAAAGAAGCGGUCAAGAUAGCUGAUAAUUACCAGUAAUAAAACAUUGCCUUACUUUAGUAAUAUAUAAUAUGCUUGGUCUGAUGAGAACAUGAAAACAAACUUAUUCUAGUCAAUGAAGUGUUUCAGUGGAGUUUGUAUUUAUAAUUAUAAUUAUUUAUGAUUUGAUAAAACAAUGAUACUCGAUUUU